CAGCGUCCUCAGCCUGAGUCAGAGCAGCAUCAUUCACUUAACUUCACACACAAGCCAAUUCAAAGGCAGACCGGGGACCAGAAGUAAGGGGAUAAUGCGAGUCCACGUGCACACCAAGUUCUGUUUCCUGUGUGUGCUCACCUUCCUCUUCCAUCAGUGCAACCACUGCCAUGGAGAAGAACAUAGCCAUCAGCACGGUGGACAGCCCCACACCGACCACGACGAAGUCCACUCCGACCUGCAGAUUUCCGAGGAUUCGUAUGUGAAAGGAGCCAGUUUUUCCUCCGAGUCCAAGAGUCCUCCAGGGCAAACUCUAGAGAAGGAGCAGCACUACUACAUCCAACAGCUAUUCAGCCGCUACGGCCAGCAAGACAAGCUCGACUUCGAGGGAUUCCAGAGUCUGCUGUUCAGCUUGGGUCUUGGGGAGGUGAAGUUGGUAGACGCUCAACACGAGGAGCUGGGCCAUGACCACGUGGCUCACCUCGACCUGGUGGAUGUGCAGAAAGGGCAUCACUCGCAUGCAUCCACCACUGAUGGCCACGGGCACGGACAUCCACACCACAAGCCUGCCUCCCACCAUCCACACACGGAGCAGAGUCCCACAAAGUGCACCCAGCAGACCACUGCUGCCAGUCCAGCUACGGGCACACAUACAGGACAUGACCACGACCACGCCAAGGUAGUAGAUGGUGAGCAUAAACAUUCUGGCGGACAUGUGCAGGACAAACAAGGCCAUGUCCACAAUCAUGAUCACGCACAUGACAAAGGGCACAAACACGAGCAGGCACAUGUGCAUUCUAACCACAAGGACGGAUCUUCUGAACCUCAUGACCACAGUGAUCACAACGAUAAUGGCCAAGCUGAUCAUGACCACAGCGUCCACAAUCAUGUCCCUGAAGUUCAGACAGGCACAGACAUUCCUCCUCUCAGCCAAGAGCAGAUGCCCUCCGCACAGCUGGAGCCGUCCCAAGCUCCUCAGGUGCCACAGUCCUCUCCCGCCCCUACAGAAACUCAGACCAAGAAGCCGAGAAAGCCAGCCAGGGUCAGGGGACAGCGGGGGCGAAACAAAACCCCUUCUCCAAACACUCAUCAGCCUGAGGCACCCGACCACGACCACGAUCACAGUCACAGCUAUUCUCAUAAAGAUAAGAGAGAAGCUCCAGGAGGGCCUGGCUCCCCCACCCUACCAGUCUCCGUUCUGUCCGGCCACCCUAAAGGAUUGUUUCACCAGCAUGGGGAGUGUCUAAACCUGACUCAGCUCCUCACCUACUACGGCCUGAGUCCUGAUUCGCUCAUCUCGCCCAGCCAGUUCACCUACCUGUGUCCCGCCCUACUCUACCAGAUAGACAGUCGCGUCUGCAUCCGCCAUUUCCACCAGAUGGACGUGGCUCAGGAAGCCUUGGAGCCCGUCAGUUCUGGUAAGAGCAGAGUAUCUUUUCGACCAGUCCAUGUUGACUGA